AUGAAGAGAUUGGAGUGCCACUCGAGCGAAGCCGACUGCUUUCGCAUUUCUUUGACGACGUCGAACUGCGCGAAGCAAAUCCCCCUUGGAUCUAAUGACUAUCUUCUCCAGCGGGCGAUAUUUGAAAGACUACUCAGUGCCGGAGUGGACUAUGACCUCUACGCCAUCGGAUUUCAAGAAUUGCUCCCGAUCUGGGAUGCAUCGUGCCCGUUGCAGACCAAGUCGUGUUUGCGGCGUCUGGUGCCUGUUAUCCUUCAACGCUUGAAUAGCGGCGUUGAGGAUACGCCCGAAGUGCCAGUCGACAGAAACGUUCAGCACAGCGAAGCAGAUUCGCUCUUGGGGUCAUUGGAGCGCCAAGCUAUUGGCGAUACCGAGCAGUCUACCCAAAAUGCGUGGCCCUCUAGACAAGUUCCGGUUAGCUACAGAUUCGUUGCGUGCAAUGCAAUAGGUGCAGUAGGACUAAUGCUUUUUGCCAAGGAAGAUCUCAAGGUGGAGGUCCUACGUACGUGCAACGUGCGCACUGGCGCGUUAGGAAGCAGCCUAAAGGGAUCGACGGCCAUCCAGGUUCAGCUCUCAAACAGUCGGUGCAGCCAAAAGUUCACCUUCAUCACCUCCCACUUCGCCGCUAAGGAGGGCCCAGACAAGCUCGCCCAGAGAAUCAAGGACUAUCACACCACAAUGCGUACCUUUGAUAAGCACCUGGACUCCUUUCAGGACGGCCAUGUCUUCUUUUUUGGUGAUCUGAACUUUCGUAUCUCUCCUAGACAGCCGACAGACCUGCAGUACUCCGAUCAACCUGUAAUAGAUCACCUACUGGCCACCUACGAUGAGCUGAAUAGGGAAAGGACGGCCGGAACGGUAUUUGAGGGCUUUGAGGAGGCUAAAAUCAACUUCCCACCAUCCUACAAGUACAUCUUUCUGCAGGACAAUUUAAAUUACGAUUACACGCGGCAGCCUUCUUGGUGCGACAGGAUUUUGUACAAGAAUGACCCCAAGCGGGUAAGAGUUCAUAGGUAUGCCUCGAUUGAUAGACGUUCCAUUUUGAAUUAUACUGAUCACGAACCCGUAACGCUCGAUGUCAGCGUUUCAUGCCAUACACAAUUUGUCCCAAUGGCUAUGCAGAAUAUUUCCCCACAGAGCACCAUGGAAAUGUAUGUGGGAGACGUCACAGAUAUACUACUGAUGUUGUUCUCCAGAGUAUACUACGCCCCUACCAUAUUCGAUCUUGUGGUAUUGACGAUAUUCCUCUGUUUGGUUUUACUGGCACUAUUCCGUUUGACGGUAUAG